AUGAAGGCCAUACUUCAGCGAGUGCUCUCAGCAUCUGUCACGGUGGAGAAGGAGCUGGUUUCCUCCAUAGGCAAGGGCGUUCUGGUCUUUGCUGCGGUGGCCCCAGGUGAUACGGAAAAAGAGGCCGACAGCCUUGCGGCCAAGGUCAUCAAGCUGAGAUUGUGGGACGAUGAGAACGGCGGAAGGUGGAAGAGGAACGUCCAAGACAUUGGGGGUGAGGUCCUCUGUGUAUCUCAGUUUACCCUGCUCGCGUCCACCAAGAAAGGCAAUAAACCGAGCUUUCACCAAGCCCUAGCACCGGACGAGGCGAAAAGGCUGUACCAUUACUUUCUGAGCAAAGUCAAGGAGGGAUAUGCUGCGGAAAAGGUGAAAGACGGCGUCUUCCAAGCCAUGAUGGAGGUCGCACUCGUAAACGAUGGGCCGGUCACAUUGGAAGUCACAGCCGGGAGGCAGCAGGAGGCUGAGGAUCUGCCCAAGCCAGGCAGCACCAAAUGA